UUGUCACGAAACAACAGCUGUCUCCUUAUCUUGAAUCGAAGACACUGUCAAGUGUCAAUGGACGAAAGAAACUCUUCCUUCCGAUCGCUGCAUACUAUUACGCUUGUCUUGACUCUUUUACACUUUCUAAAUUUGCUAUCUACGCGGUGACCAGCCUGUACUGCUCUCUACCUUUUAGGCUGACCCUAAUCUAGAGUAGGACGGUUAUGGAACCUGUGUCGAACUUCGGGCACUCCCGCACCCGUAUGGACGAUGUUGAGCAAUCCACUCAUCAGAGCGAAGGCGUCGAGAACCCUGCGGAGCUGAACAGGUUCCAAAGUGUGCCCAAGAUCAACCAGUCCUCGUAUCAACUUGCGGCAAGCUCACAGCCGGCAAGCGUGAGUAUAGGAGUGGAUCAAGAGGACUUGGGAGGUGCCAGCACUAGCGGUCCCGGAUCUCUCUUUUCUAACCGUCUGCUCCACCAGUACAGCAGCUUGGACUCACCGGCACAUGUACCACGGCAGCGGCGUUGGUAUGAGCACCCAGGUCUGGUGGAGAACCGGAAAGUUGUUAUCAGCUCCAUCCUCUUCCUGUUUUUCGGCGCCGCUGCGUUGAUCACUGGCUGUGUUCUGGAGGCAUAUCCGAAGUUCGAACAAGCAACACUGGAUGGUGUGAUUCUCAUCGUUGUUGGCAUCAUCCUUCUAAUACCCGGGUGCUACUUUGUCUUCUACAUCAUAAUGGCAUCACGAGGGAAACCUGGCUAUGAUUUCCAGCGACUGACCAAUCUGGCCCACUGAGAUAGGUGCAGUUGCUGCCUCUAGGUUAUCUGCAUGCACCGGACGGAGUUCACGCACACGCGGGUGCUCCAUCGACGGCAUUCUUCUCCCUGCGCUUGCUAUGCAUCCCUAGCAAUCGCAAGCCUAGCAAGCCCAGGCCAGUGCAUCUAUGCUGGAAAGUAUUAUGUUACAUGCCUCAGCAGCAGCAGGAAGGGUGAUGAUUGCGCAUGUGGUUGUGUUCGAAGUCGUCUUUGGUGAUCAACGCUGGUGCUACCUUUGCACGUCUUCGCAGAUGUACGUGUGGAGUUGCACUAUUGCCGGUCGUCUGUGGCCUUCGGAAAAGAGAGUACGCUUAACUCUGUCUUGUCUGGUGUUUGUUUCUUCUUCGGCACGUGAACAAUUCUGCUGAGUGCGGUGCUGCCUUGAAACUUUGAAAGUGAAAUACCAAACUCUAUCGCCAUGCAGGUAUUUGUAUAAUGAUAGUGAUAACAACAUGUUGAAGCGUUGCUCUAUGCAGCGGUGUUACUAGUUACACUCGUCAUCCGUAUCUGUCCACCAUCACCAGCCCGUGUCCGGCUAUGCAAUGCCGCCGCUUGGGCACUGGGCUUUCCUGGUGGAGAGCAACAACACGGCCUGCUGAAUACGGCAGCACCGUGUCCACUGGGUGUGGCUGGUGUCACUGCUGCCGCUGUGCGCGCCAGUCGCCUGUUGUGCAUUUUCUCAUGCAGAUGAACGUAUGGCCCGGUCUAUUGUGGCCGCAUCUGCCUCUCUCUCUCUCUCUCUCUCUCUCUCUCUCUCUCUCUCUCUCUCUCUCUCUCUCUCCCUCUCUCUCUCUCUCUCCCAUUGACAUCAUUGCAUGAUAUCUAUUCGGAUUCCUCUCCACUAGACAGCUGUCUUCGCUACCCAUGUCUUGGGUGUCAGUUUCUCAAGAAUUCAUUCAGUUUUGUUUUUACUCCAUAUGUUACCUACUCUAGAUCUCCUCUCAUAGCUACUGAUAAUGUUGAUUUGUAUGCCAAGCUGCAGACUUGUCGCCUGCUGUCUUUUUUUUAAUAAUCCUGGCCAAAAACAUGAUGGUGGCACUGCGGUAGUGAUGUGCAUGAGUCAUAUUUUUUACGAAUCUUACUUACGACCCCUGGUUGUGUCAUCGCUUUAUCAUUGCAUUUUCCGUUGAACGGGUUCUGUUUAAUACCGUAUUUUAACCAAAAAGAAACCUCGCAGUGGCAUUAUAUCAGAUUCUAGUAAUGCUGUUCAAACUUUUUACUGAAACACAGUGAUGCUUUUAAUCUUGUAGUUCUACUCGCGCCGCGUACUGUGUCUGUGGUAUCGAUUUUUAUUCGUUUUUAUUGCUUUUGCAGCACACCGUCAUGUGUAUUCCGCAGUGUGCAUACAUGG